CUCACCCCUGGGAGGACAGCAGGCAGGUGCGUUUGGCACGCGUCAUUCCUUCGCUUGGCUGGAAUCCAUCGGGAUUGCUGAGAGCAAGAUUUGCAACUACCUCUCCUACGCUGGGCUGAGCCGCCGCAGGCUCCGGGGACGGGACCCAGCACUCCUGCAGCAGCAGCAGCGAUGCCGUGAGGUCUGCGAGCCGCUCCGGCUGCUGUCUCCGCGCACAUCGACCUGGCACUUUAUCCCCUACGGUGCUUUGAUUUGUGGUUUUAUUUUUGCUGUGUCUGUGUUUUGGGAGCAUGAUGGCAGCUGGGAGCCACCUCGCCUUACGCUACGCUGUGCACGAGGCAGACUUUUCCUUCCGCAGGGACGCCGGGCUGCGCUGGAGGCAGAUCAGUUGCUGACCGCUGCACUGGCUUUGUAUGGAGGGAACGAGGAACCACCAGACCGAAGACAGGCAAGUGUAGACUCCCGCCAGAGCCGAUCUGGGCAAGGCACCUCCACAGAGAACGACUGUGCUUUUGAACCAGACUACGCUAUUCCGCCACUCCCUGUGACCGAAGGUAUGCAGCACAUUCGGAUUAUGGAGGGCAUGUCCCGCUCCCUUCCAUCCUCCCCCUUACUCACACAUCAGUCUAUCAGUGUUCGGCUCCAACCUGUGAAGAAGUUAACUGCCCCUUUGAGGAAAGCAAAGUUUGUUGAGAGCCCUCGAAUCCCCGAGUCCGAGCUUGGCUCGCCAACGCUUUCUGCAGCCCAGAAGCUGGACGUUGAUGCGUACUGCCCCGGUGAUACUGAACAGGAGCUGGGACCCCCUCCAUCCGUAGAUGAGGCAGCAAAUACACUCAUGACUCGCCUGGGCUUCCUCCUCGGAGAGAAAGUCACGGAGGUUCAGCCAGGGCCCCAGUACAGCAUGGAGGUGCAGGACGAGAACCAGAGCUCGGCAGUGACGCAGCGCAUCAGCCCCUGCUCCACGCUGACCAGCAGCACGGCCUCGCCGCCCGCCAGCAGCCCCUGCUCCACGCUCCCACCCGUCAGCACCAGCGUCACCGCCAAGGACUGCACCUAUGGCGCCGUCACCAGCCCUACCUCCACGCUGGAGAGCAGAGACAGCGGCAUCAUAGCUACUUUGACAAGCUACUCGGAAAAUGUGGAACGCACUAAAUAUGGAGGGGAAAGCAGUAAAGAACUUGGAUCUGGGGGAAACCUGAAACCUUGGCAAUCCCAGAAAUCCAGCAUGGACUCCUGCUUGUACCGCGUGGAUGAGAACAUGACGGCCUCCACCUACAGCCUGAACAAGAUCCCGGAGAGGAACCUGGAGACCGUCUUGUCCCAGUCGGUGCAGUCAAUUCCUCUUUACCUUAUGCCACGGCCAAAUUCCGUAGCAGCCACCAGCUCAGCACACCUGGAAGACCUGGCGUACCUGGACGAGCAGAGGCACACUCCCCUGCGCACAUCGCUCCGCAUGCCACGGCAGAGCGUGGUUGGCGCUCGCGCCCAGCAGGACCUGCGAGUACGCUUCGCACCUUAUCGACCUCCUGACAUCUCUCUGAAACCGCUGCUCUUCGAGGUGCCCAGCAUCACCACCGAGUCCGUCUUCGUUGGCCGGGACUGGGUUUUCCACGAGAUCGAUGCGCAGCUGCAGAGUUCAAACACCAGCGUCAACCGAGGGGUGGUGAUCGUUGGGAAUAUCGGGUUUGGCAAAACCGCCAUCAUCUCCCGGCUGGUCGCACUCAGCUGCCACGGCACGCGUAUGAGACAGAUCGCUUCUGAUAGCCCACACGCUUCUCCAAAACAUGUGGAUGCAAACCGGGAGCUGCCCUUAACUCAACCGCCUUCUGCACACUCGUCCAUCACCAGCGGGAGCUGCCCGGGGACCCCCGAAAUGCGGCGGCGCCAGGAAGAGGCCAUGCGCAGACUUGCUUCCCAGGUCGUCGCGUACCACUACUGCCAGGCCGAUAAUGCCUACACCUGCCUGGUGCCAGAGUUCGUGCACAACGUGGCCGCCCUGCUCUGCCGCUCGCCCCAGUUCGUUGCCUACAGGGAGCAGCUCCUGCGGGAGCCCCACCUGCAGAGCAUGCUCAGCCUGCGGUCCUGCGUGCAGGACCCCAUGGCCUCCUUCCGCAGGGGAGUCCUGGAGCCCUUGGAGAACCUGCACAAAGAGCGGAAGAUCCCUGAUGAAGAUUUCAUUAUAUUAAUCGAUGGGUUAAACGAGGCUGAAUUUCACAAGCCAGAUUAUGGAGACACCAUAGUAUCGUUCCUGAGCAAAAUGAUUGGGAAAUUCCCUUCCUGGCUGAAGCUGGUAGUGACGGUCAGGACGAGUCUACAGGAGAUAAUUAAGCUGUUGCCCUUCCACAGAAUAUUUUUGGAUAGACUGGAAGAGAAUGAAGCCAUAGACCAGGACCUGCAGGCGUACAUCCUUCAUCGGAUACACAGCAGUUCGGAGAUCCAGAACAACAUCUCACUUAAUGGCAAAAUGGACAACACUACGUUUGGCAAACUCAGUUCUCACCUCAAGACCUUGAGCCAAGGAUCCUAUCUGUACCUAAAACUCACUUUUGAUCUCAUAGAGAAAGGAUACCUGGUACUAAAAAGCUCCAGCUACAAAGUCGUCCCAGUGUCGCUGUCAGAAGUUUACUUAUUGCAGUGCAAUAUGAAGUUCCCAACGCAGUCUUCCUUUGAUCGGGUUAUGCCUCUCUUGAAUGUGGCAGUGGCAUCUCUGCAUCCAUUAACAGACGAACAUAUUUUUCAGGCCAUUAACGCAGGUAACAUUGAGGGCACUUUGGAGUGGGAUGACUUUCAGCAGAGGAUGGAGAACCUUUCUAUGUUUCUUAUCAAACGUAGAGAUAUGACGCGAAUGUUUGUUCAUCCCUCUUUCCGAGAAUGGCUUAUUUGGAGAGAAGAAGGUGAAAAGACCAAGUUUCUUUGCGAUCCUAGGAGUGGCCACACACUGCUUGCCUUCUGGUUUUCCCGUCAGGAAGGAAAACUAAAUCGACAGCAAACGAUUGAGCUGGGACAUCACAUUCUCAAAGCACAUAUUUUUAAGGGCCUGAGUAAAAAAGUCGGAGUAUCUUCCUCCAUCCUUCAAGGGCUUUGGAUCUCCUACAGCACCGAAGGUCUUUCGAUGGCUUUGGCAUCUCUGAGAAAUCUCUACACUCCAAACAUAAAGGUCAGUCGGUUGCUGAUUUUAGGAGGUGCAAACGUGAAUUACCGGACUGAAGUUCUGAACAAUGCCCCCAUUUUGUGUGUCCAAUCCCACUUGGGUUACACGGAGAUGGUGGCUUUGCUCCUGGAGUUUGGGGCCAAUGUAGAUGCCGCUUCAGAAAGUGGCCUGACGCCCCUUGGCUACGCGGCUGCUGCUGGAUUUCUAAGUAUCGUUGUGCUGCUGUGCAAGAAACGGGCUAAGGUGGAUCAUUUGGACAAAAACGGUCAGUGCGCCCUGGUUCAUGCUGCUCUCCGAGGACACUUGGAGGUGGUGAAGUUCUUGAUCCAAUGUGACUGGACGAUGGCUGGGCAACAGCAAGGGGUGUUUAAGAAGAGCCACGCCAUCCAGCAGGCACUGAUCGCCGCCGCCAGCAUGGGUUACACCGAGAUUGUCUCCUACCUGCUCGAUCUUCCAGAAAAAGACGAAGAGGAGGUGGAGCGAGCACAAAUCAACAGCUUUGACAGCCUGUGGGGAGAGACAGCUCUGACGGCGGCAGCUGGGCGCGGGAAGCUGGAGGUCUGCCGGCUCCUCCUGGAGCAGGGCGCCGCGGUGGCACAGCCUAACCGCCGUGGGGUCGUUCCGCUCUUCAGCGCCGUCAGACAAGGCCACUGGCAGAUUGUAGACCUCUUACUCACGCACGGCGCUGAUGUGAACAUGGCAGACAAGCAGGGCCGGACACCACUGAUGAUGGCUGCGUCCGAGGGACAUCUGGGCACAGUGGAGUUCCUGCUUGCACAAGGUGCCUCCAUUGCUCUCAUGGACAAGGAGGGCUUGACAGCCCUCAGCUGGGCUUGUCUGAAGGGCCAUCUCUCCGUGGUUCGUUCCCUCGUGGAGAACGGGGCUGCCACCGACCAUGCGGAUAAAAAUGGACGCACUCCACUGGACCUGGCAGCGUUUUAUGGCGAUGCAGAGGUGGUUCAGUUCCUGGUGGAUCAUGGGGCCAUGAUUGAGCACGUUGACUACAGCGGGAUGCGGCCUCUCGACAGGGCCGUGGGGUGCCGCAACACCUCGGUCGUCGUCACUCUGCUGAAGAAAGGAGCAAAGAUAGGUUGUCAGACGUUACCGAGUCGCCCACGAGGUCCAGCAACAUGGGCGAUGGCAACCUCCAAACCAGACAUCAUGAUCAUCCUGUUGAGCAAGCUGAUGGAGGAGGGAGACAUGUUUUAUAAGAAAGGUAAAGUGAAAGAGGCUGCCCAGCGCUACCAGUACGCUCUGAAAAAAUUCCCCAGAGAAGGGUUUGGAGAAGACUUGAAAACCUUCCGUGAGCUGAAGGUGUCGCUGCUUCUCAACCUCUCCCGAUGUCGGAGGAAAAUGAACGAUUUUGGAAUGGCGGAGGAAUUUGCUACUAAAGCCCUGGAGCUGAAACCGAAAUCUUACGAAGCUUACUAUGCAAGAGCGAGGGCCAAGCGCAGCAGCAGCAGGCAGUUUUCAGCAGCUCUGGAGGACCUGAACGAGGCCAUCAAGCUGUGUCCCAACAACCGUGAGAUCCAGCGGCUGCUGAUGCGGGUGGAAGAGGAGUGCAGGCAGGUGCAGCAGCAGCAGCAGCAGCAGCCACCGCUCCCGGUGGAGCCUGAACCUGAAGUCCAGCAUGAAGAGCUGUAUUCUGUGCAAGAUAUCUUUGAGGAGGAAUACCUUGAGCAGGAUGUAGAAAACGUUUCCAUUGGCUUGCAGACAGAGUCCAGGCCAAACCAAGGGCUGCCCGUCAUCCAGAGCCCACCCCCCUCCCCAGCUCACAGGGACUCAGCCUAUAUUUCUGGCUCACCUCUUGGCUCUCAUCAGGUCUUUGAUUUCAGGUCCAAUAGCUCCGUGGGUUCGCCAACCAGGCAAGGGUACCAGUCCACGUCUCCUGCUCUGUCUCCGACGCACCAAAACUCGCAUUAUAGGCCCAGUCCUCCUCACACGUCCCCUGCUCACCAGGGCUCCUCUUACCGCUUCAGCCCACCUCCUGUUGGAAGUCAAGGGAAGGAAUAUCAAAGCCCACCACCUUCUCCUCUUCGUAGAGGUCCUCAGUAUCGUGCCAGUCCCCCAGCAGAAAGCAUGAGCGUUUAUAGGUCGCAGUCCGGUUCCCCAGUUCGCUAUCAGCAGGAGCCUAGCGCAGUCAGCCAGCUCCCCAGUAGACCAAAGUCUCCGUUAUCCAAGAUGACGCAGAGGUCUUUCCAGAUGCCCCAGCUCCCAGUGGCCGUGCCACAGCAGGGGCUGAGGCUGCAGCCAGCCAAGGCGCAGAUCGUGAGGAGCAACCAGCCCAGCUCAGCAGUCCAUUCGAGUACUGUAAUCCCAACCGGUGCUUACAGCCAGGUUGCCCACUCGAUGGCCAGCAAGUACCAAUCAGCAUCCGGGGAAAUGGGGGUUAGUCAGAGCAGGUUGGUCUACCAGGGCUCCAUCGGUGGAAUCGUAGGUGACAGCAGACCGGUGCAGCACGUUCAGGCGAGCCUCAGCGCGGGAGCCAUCUGUCAGCAUGGAGGGCUGGCUAAAGAAGACCUUCCACAGAGACCGUCCUCGGCGUACAGAGGGGGGAUGAGAUACAGCCAGACACCUCAGAUUGGGCGAAGCCAGUCCGCUUCCUACUAUCCAGUGUGUCACUCGAAGCUUGACCUGGAACGUUCUCCCCUCCCCGCCAGUCAACUGGGCUCUCCAGACGUGUCUCAUCUCAUAAGAAGGCCCAUCACAGUUAAUCCAAGUGAAAUCAAGCCUCACCCUCCGACUCCAAGGCCCCUGCUCCACUCUCAGAGCGUUGGCCUCCGCUUCUCUCCUUCCAGCAAUAGCAUCUCCUCCACCUCCAACCUGACUCCCAACUUCCGCCCUUCAGCUUCGAUUCAGCAAAUGGAGAUUCCUCUCAAGCCAGCUUACGACAGGUCAUGCGAUGAACUCUCUCCGGUGUCUCCCACGCAGGGGGGUUACCCCAGCGAGCCCGCCCGUUCCCGGACCACACCGUUCAUGGGAAUCAUAGAUAAAACUGCUCGGACUCAGCAGUACCCCCAUCUCCAUCAGCAGAACCGGACCUGGGCCGUGUCAUCAGUGGACACUGUCAUUAGUCCUACGUCUCCUGGCAAUCUCCCCCAGCCGGAAUCGUUUAGCCCGCCUUCGUCAAUCAGCAACAUUGCCUUUUAUAACAAAACCAACAAUGCACAGAAUGGCCAUUUGCUAGAGGAAGACUAUUACAGCCCCCAUGGGAUGCUGGCCAAUGGGUCCCGGGGAGACCUCCUGGAGAGAGUCACCCAAGCCUCCUCGUAUCCUGACGUCAAGGUGGCAAGGACACUGCCUGUGGCACAGGCCUACCAGGACAACCUGUACAGGCAGCUCUCCAGGGACUCCAGGCAAGGGCAAACAUCCCCAAUCAAACCAAAGAGACCAUUUGUGGAGUCUAAUGUGUGAAAGACGCUUGUUGGAGUAAGACCCUCAUGUUUUCAGCACACACUUCCGAGCUUGAUUUCCAUGCAUAUUAUUAUUAUUUUGAUUUCUCUUUGGUAGCUACAUGACCAAGUUUCUCCGGUACUUUGUGUGGUGGUCAGACAGCCAUGCACGUGCUCCAGCCUUUCCAUUCCCUAGCUGACUGUGAAGCCAACAUCAGCCGAGCCAGUAUCGUUUGCCCAAUUCCGGCUACGUUCCCAAUCAGGAUAUCUUAGUACAUGGUGCGGGGUCAUCCAGAAAUGUCCCCUACGCAGCAGGAGGUAACCAGCUCUUUUGCAAGAGACAAUCGUGUUCGAUUUAAAUUGGGUUUCUUUUGUCUCCAUGAGCUCUUACUCAAUUCUGAUGGGAAUUCCUAGCAGGAGCAGAGCAGGAAUAGCAGGAGCCUUUCCCAAGGUCCCUGUGCCAACUGAAUCGUUUGGCUCUUUGCCACCCAAAGAGCAAAUCACCCACAGCGAGCAAGGGCACGAUGUGUUUUAAUACUGAGUAGCUAUGCACAAUAACCAUCUCGCGUCACCUGCUUUAUAGCAGUUCAAUCCCAAUUGGAUUCCCUUCCUUAUUCAAUCACAUCAUUGGCCAGAAGGGAUGGGGAUGGCGUGAUGCUUUGCAACCUGAGUGCCCUGACACUGAUUUGCUCUGGGGCAUUUUACAAGCACUGAGAGAUUAAAGUUGGCCCUUCGUUACGCAUUUUAAUCAGCUGAGGGAAUUGGUGAGAAACCUUUUGCGCGCGAACUGGGAUGGCAACAACUUCACACCGUUAGCGGACAACAGCACCUCACACACAGCACCGCGUUCUCACCGGGAUGGUUUAGCGUUGGAGAUUUCAUUGGAUGGGGUUUUAUUUUGAUUUGCAAAGGAAAAAGAGAAAUCUGACUCAGUAAAUGGUGUUCAAGGAGGGAAAUUGCGAUUUUUUAAUUCGUUUGGGUUUUAAUUCGUUGGUGAUGAGGAUGCACCAGGGCUCCCAGGACAGGAGGGGUCUUUGGGCAACCUUGGCUCGCUCCUGCCCGGGCAGCGGGUGCUGUGCGAGGGCUGCGCUCCUUGAAAGAUCCAUUCUUUACUUCUUGGAAAGUCAUUGGCGCGUUCCGUACCUGUCAAGGGCAGAGACCACGUUUUGCUUUUUAAGGACCUGUAGUUAAAAGAGAGGUAUUUCUAAUUUAUUUAUGCAGUCUAUUUCAGGAUGGUUUUUUUAGUUUGGGUUGUUUUUUUCUGGUUUUUGGGUUUUUUAAAUCAGACGCCAGUCACAUCUGGACAGUGGGGAAAGCGGGGAACACUUCCAAAAUCCUUUUUAGGGCCUUUUCAAUCAUUUUUCCAUUAUUCUCUGCAUUUUUGAGGGCUGGAGGGACUUUCUUUACAGACCCAUUUAUUACGGGUGGGUUUGUAAUCUGCCUUUUCAGAGGGCAAAGGGUGGGACGUUUAGCGGGGAGCGAUAACCCUGUAGCUUGUUUUAAAGCAAACCAGUGCCUGUUGCCCGAUGCCGAACCUCACUCAUAUCAGCUCCCACGAGCUGCCGCAGUGCUGAGCGGGAGGAGCGAUACCUUUCGGUGUUUCCAAAGGGCUAUGCGAAUAGAUUGCAAAGACUUCUUCAACCAAAUCAUGGGGUCCGACCUCCGCUGCUGUAAACGAACAUAUCCCCAGCGCAACAUCAGUGCAACUACAUCCAUUUACACCAGUUAAGGCCUUGGCCCGAAACUCUUAAGCAAACCCUGGCUUCGAUGGGGCUUUUCUUUUCCCUUUCCGCGUGUGGAUCAGCACAUCUUGUUGCUAUUCCCUUGCUUAAUUUGCUCCGAGCGAACUGGGACGUGCACACCUUGGGAUUGGCGGAGGCUUGUGUCUCAUAGACACGUUGAGAGCAUUCGGGGGCGAUUUCCUCUGUGGGAUUCGGCGCUAUUUGUGCUUUUCUGGGCUAUCUGGGAUUUGUCCAACCCAAUAUUUGGAUCGAGGUUGGCAAUUUCUUUCUCGAGGUGCAACCUAGUGCUGACUCUUUUUCUUGCAGGGCUUUGGGAAGCGAGGGGUGGAGUUGGAGACCCCCAAACGGGCUCCUUGCCACCGUGGGGACACCCAGCCCCACGUGCUGUUUCUCUCCUUGCAAAGGGGGUGUGAUGACUAUUUUUCUUCCUCUUUUUUUUUGAAGCAGAAUGUUCUGCUUUGUAAGGAAUAACCGGUUCCUUCUCCUCCGCAUACAGAGCUAGGACAUGCGUGUCCGCAGGGCUGGAGUUGCACCAACCGCUUUGCUUAAUGCCUCCAUCCUCCAGCUUUCAAAUCGAGUGAGUGGCUCCCUACCCUCAGUUGCUUCUUUGAAAGGAAAAAGUAACCAAUUUCAAUCCCAUCCCUAUUCCCCGUGGCCGAGCGAGACGCUCUGCGGCCAUGAGCCGGUUCUCUCCGCUGAGACGCCAACGGGACGGUCCGAGCGCAGCGAUGUGGGAACUGCCCGUGCUUUGCUUUCGCUGUUCACUGCUUUGUGCUCCCAGUUCUGUCUUUCCGAAACAUCCCCUCCCGCCACUUCUGUGUAGAACUUUGGGGUUUAUGAAGAUGUUUUAAGGGAAAUAAGAAAACAGCUCACACUUUGAACACAAACACCAAGCUGAAAGAAGGCUUAAACACUGCGGCGUGCAGGUUUUUUUCACGAUACCACGUGUUACAUUUUUCACAGGAUUCUUGCACUAAUGGGUUUCCAUCUGUUCUCUCUGUAAAUGGGUGCACUUUACUGUUUGAAUUUGUUACUAUGAUAAAUACUGGAUAUUUAAGCGUGAGUAGUGUCUUCAUUAGAAAAUAGCAAAACAGCUCUUGUCUCUUAGUGUAUUUUUCAAGGAAAAAAAAGAGAGAAAAGAAAAGAAAUGAAGCAAUGAAUCAUAACAUUUAUAGCACAAGAACUGACUCUUGUAUAUAAGCAUCAAGAGAUUGAGUAAUUUUUGAAUACAAAACGAUUUGCAGUGGUUUUAAAGCGCUUCCCCAGCAAUUCUCUUUGGGACGGCCGAGGCGGGAUGGCUGCUGCAGUCGCUGGGCGGGUAAGGAGGAGCACAUCUCGCGCUGGAAGAGCCGUUCUUUGCACAGUCCCCCGUGGUCCUCAAAGUCACGCUUUGGGUUUGGCGUGGACAGAAAGCAGAGGUUGUGGUGUGUUGUGCUGUCGUGCGUGGUCCUGUUGGCAAAGCUCUGUUGUACACGUGGCUCGGUGGAGCGGGAGGCUCAGCCCUCGCCCGAGGUCCCCUCACCCUGUCAUCACCGAUCCGGAUCAGAGUUCUGCACAGAGUUGCAGACACGGUGCUGUCUUAUCUGUCCGUGCUACAUAUUUAAUUACUCUUCGAGUAAUUAAGAUGUGGGACGAUGCUGCUCCGUCCCCUCCCUGGCCGCAGGGGCACUGUUGCCCAGCCCCUGUCCUGCAGGGAGGUUUUUUCAGGUGCACCCAAUGAAAUGGUUUCUUGGCAACAUUGAAACCUCUGGCUUUGGUUCUUGGGGUGCGUUGGGAAGGUGACGCUGAAGCUGAGCCCUGUAUUUAGCUGACCUUCCCACCGGGUGUCUCUGGUCGUCUGCCUGCAACCGCUCCGAGAGUGGAAUCCUCUCUCCCAGCCCUGUGUGCAGGUGUCUGCUGUGUCCUCCAGUGGGGACUCGCUGGCUCUUGCUUUGUCUCUGGGGGCAUCUCUGGUGCCAGCAGAGGGGACACGUGCCUGGGGGUCUCUGCAGGGCCCCCACCCUGGAAAUGGUCUUGGAGGGCUUGGAGAACAGUCAGAAGUGCUUAGGAAAGGGAUGGACCCCUUGGGCUCCGUCUCCAAAGGCAAAGGCGCCGCAGCCUGAGCCGUCUUCUCUGCGUCGCUGCUUGGGAGGAGCAGGCUGUGCCAGCUCCUGACGAACUGAGGCGUGCGUCUGUCCUUCUGUCUGUCCGUCUGCUGCCUGGCACCGGUGCCUACAGGUGGGUCUGUCCGAGCACUGAACUUCUUGGUUUCUUUACUUCAACCUGGCUGUAAAGAAAACUGCUUGGCUAGUGUGAACGUGUGUGUGUGUGCGUACGACAAACACCUAAGCCAUACUUGGAUUAGGUCUGGAACCGGGGUGGCUACUAAAUUUGGAGCAAUUCAGUCCCCUCGUACAAAGGUUUCAGUUUAUUCAGGGUUACCCGGGAGAAGUCUAGCUAAAACCGAAGUGCCAGCUCCGCCUUAUCUAGAGAAAAGCAAGCCGGCGUGCCUGCUCGUCCUCCGCCUUCCUUGCGAGGGGGGUCCUUGGUGAGCUGUCGCAAGCUCUUUGGUCAUUGUACUUUGCUUUAGGCUUUGGGGAACUCAAGGUGACUCCUCUACCAGGAUCGUGUUUACCCAAGGGCUUAGGGAAGAGCUGUUGUACCCAUUGGGACCUCUGCGGAUCGAUGCCUUCACCCUGUGCCGGUUGCUCCACGCCAGAUCUGGUGGAGUGCGUGUUGGACACAAAGCACAAUGGUUGAAAGUGAAUCUGUGUUUUUUUCCAGAUUUGUGUGAAUAAUUGCUGGAUUUUCAUUCAAUCAAACUCUUUUUUCUAAUAUAAACCACUAAGGGCUCAAUUCUUUAGCAAGAUGCAUUCGUGUCCAACCCCGACUACUCAGCUGGAUCUCACCACAACUGUUACCGACCUACCCAAGAGAAAACAGCUAGCGUGACCGUCACCGGGAAAACCAACGGACACCCAACCUGUCCACCAUAUCCUUUCCUCCUGCUCAUAUUCUGGUUGUCACGGUACUGGGGAGUCAGCUGCUGGGGCCCAUCUGAUGAGAACGCAUCCUAUAGUCGUGAAAACAGAGCUGCUUUGCCAAAAGACUUUGUCCCUUCUGGGUGACGCAGUCCGGGGACGGCAGUGGGGCUGCGGGUCGUCUCUUCCGGCGGGUCGGGGUCAUGCUGGUUGGGUGGGAAAGCCUCGCACUCGGGGAGUUGGGUCCCUUCCCCCUGGGUCUGCCUCGCCGUGCACUAAGCCAGACACCGAGAGCAGCGCUCUGUGCUGCGUGAAGUCUGCUUUGUUGCUCCACCGCUAACCCAGAGACUCGCGUGGACUCGGCCAGCGCUGCCGGUGUCAUCCCUGUCCAGCCUUUUCUUUCCCAUAGUGUUGCGUUCACCGUCUCGUCUCCCUUCUGUCUUCACAUCCCAGAGGAUCUGAGUUUGAUACAAAUGCGUACAGUGCCCACACCUCGUGCUUUGUACAGUUCCCUGGUUGCCAUCCUCCGAGACACUUGCUGGGAAGAUCUUUAAGACACUUAAAUUUUCCUUUAGCUUUUCUAUAAUUCCGAUGUAAAGGACUCUCUCUGUACAGUAUAUUAUUCAAUGCAUGUUCUGUUCUCUCUACUGAUAUAUUGAACACCACACAGUUGUGAUAUUGUGCAGCGGGAAGAGCAGCCCCUGCCGAGAGCGGAGGCCUUCGCCUCUCAUGUAUAAGGAAAGAAGAAAAACAUAUUUUUUCCUUUGCUGUAUUUGCUUGAGCAGAGUUUUCUUGUCUGUACAUGUGAGCUGUGAGAUAGAUGUGAAAAGUUCAAACGAAUGCAUUCCCCCCAAUGUAUACAGAUUGUAAUCUGUACAAUGAUACCUGUAUGUAUGAACAAAUGUACUUAUUUAUAAAUGGUUAACACUUGGA